GCUAAAAGUAACUGGCAGCAGGUUUGGACGUCCUAAAAAAAAUCCUUUCACGGUGACUGACCCCACCUGCCAGGGUGACGUGAAGCGGCUCCCUCCAGCCUCCGUGCAGUGACUUUUGCCGGGAGUGGAGUGGCGAGCCCAGACGUCUGUCGAUGCCGCCCUUGGUGGGCUCCGAGGAACAGCGGCCGCCAUGCCCCCCCCCGCCCCAGCUGCCCCAUCCCCCCCAUGCUAAGCUGCAUGGUGUGGGUGCCCCCGGGACCCCCGAGGACUGACUGCCUGACCUUGCUUCGCACCCCCACCGACGACCCGACCCCCAAGAUGUCUCUCGAGUGGCUGGUGGCCUGGAGCUGGUCGCUGGACGGCCUGCGAGACUGCAUCGCCACGGGCAUCCAGUCAGUGCGGGACUGCGACACCACCGCUGUGGUCACCGUGGCCUGCCUGCUGGUCCUGUUCGUGUGGUACUGCUACCACGUGGGCCGGGAGCAGCCCCGGCCCUACGUGUCCGUCAACUCCCUGAUGCAGGGUGCGGACGCCAACGGGCUGCAGAACGGGUACGUGUACUGCCAGUCGCCCGAGUGCGUGCGCUGUGCCCACAAUGAGGGCCUCAACCAGAAGCUCUACCACAAUCUGCAGGAGUACGCCAAGCGGUACUCGUGGUCCGGCAUGGGCCGCAUCCACAAGGGCAUCCGUGAGCAGGGCCGCUACCUCAACAGCCGACCCUCCAUCCAGAAGCCCGAGGUCUUCUUCCUGCCCGACCUCCCCACCACGCCAUACUUCGCCCGGGACGCGCAGAAGCACGACGUGGAGCUGCUGGAACGGAACUUCCAGACAAUCCUGUGCGAGUUUGAGACGCUCUACAAGGCUUUCUCAAACUGCAGCCUCCCGCAAGGAUGGAAAAUGAACAGCACCCCCAGCGGGGAGUGGGUCACCUUUUACUUGGUCAACCAGGGGGUUUGCGUUCCCAGGAACUGCAGGAAGUGCCCACGGACGUACCGCUUGCUCGGAAGCCUUCGGACCUGUAUUGGGAACAAUGUUUUUGGGAACGCGUGCAUCUCCGUGCUGAGCCCCGGGACUGUGAUAACGGAGCAUUACGGACCCACCAACAUACGCAUCCGAUGCCAUUUAGGUCUCAAAACUCCCAGUGGCUGCGAGCUGGUGGUGGGGGGAGAGCCCCAGUGUUGGGCGGAAGGACGCUGCCUCCUCUUUGAUGAUUCUUUCCUGCACACUGCAUUCCACGAGGGUUCGGCAGAGGAUGGCCCGCGGGUGGUUUUCAUGGUGGAUUUGUGGCACCCCAACGUGGCAGCGGCCGAACGGCAGGCUCUGGAUUUCAUCUUUGCUCCAGGACGAUGAGAACAGUCCCCGCGCUGGAGUCGGCGAGAGCGGCCGCGGGUCAGCCUGGGCAGGCUGGGGUCCGGUCCAGCCCCCAACCCGUGCUGGGAUUCCAUGCUCAGAAGCCUGCCUCAACGGAAAGUCCUUACUUGGGAUUUUGAGAUCACGUUGGGUCCCUCUUUCCUUUGAUUAUUGUAAAUGGGAAAUUUUUGGCUUGUAUUUCCUUA